AUGGUACAAUACGCAGAGAAUGUGUUAUUGGAUAGAAAUAAUAUUGUCCAUUUGACUUUUAACAAAAAAUUUGCCUUGGACAAUUAUAAGCUAAUUGGUUACUUGAUUGUACGAUUUCAGGUACACCAAAAACGAAAGAAAAAGGUGUUUUUUGUUUUGUUUUUAAAAGAGUAUCACAGACCAUCAAAUAUACCUUGUGCCUAUAAGCCCAUCGCUGAACUAUGCAAGACUCCAUUGUCCAUUCAAGCCAUAGGCCAAGCAUUGUAUCGGGUCGGGUUUCCACAGGAUCUUGAUCUUAUAACACACAGUGGCUCUGGGCUCAUAAGGAUAAUACGUUAUUUGUGA